AUGGAUAAGCACGCGCUGUCCGGUCUCCGGGACUCUGGGCGGUGUUGGUGGUCGGUUGGAGCCGCCUUUAUGACACAUCUGCUGACUCACGGGGUCGUGUACUCGUACGGCAUUCUUUUCCGGCGGCUAGAGGCGGAUUUCAUGGUCUCCAAGGCGGCAACCUCCUGGAUAUCCUCGACAACCACCGGUUGUCUCUACCUAGCAGUUGAUCUAGUAAAUGCCUUAUUUGCCUACACAAUGAACUCAUUCAAGAAUAUUCGUGACAAGUACGGUCAGGAGACCUUAAAACUAGCGAGAAAAUGGGAAACAACUGUAAAAAGUUUAGCGAGACAUCGAAAUCAUUUGGUUUUCUCCCUUCGUUGCAAAGAUGAGAAUUUGACACCUCCCAGUCUAAACUUGAAAUGCCCUAUCAAUACGGAUAACGCCAGAAAGAUGGUAGAUCGAGCAAGAAAGGGGUUGUUGAAUGAAAGAAUACGUGUUAAUAGCAAUAAAGUAAGUGUUUUGAAAGUAAAAUCAGCUGAUUGUGAGCUUGUUUUGAAAGAGAAGUUGCCUAGCGACGACCUCCAACAGGUGCGAGAUCUCGUUGACAGAUCGCGAGAACAGGAAUUUUCAUGCACAAAAUGGCGGCACACAGAGAAACUUUCACGUUGGCUAUCUAAGAAAAAGCAGUCAUCGGAACCAGAUUUAUCUGGUAGUCAGCUCAAAAAAUGGGUAAGAAACAUUUCAUCCGUUACACUUUCCCGCACACAAGAAAAAGUACUGUCUAAAGGUCUGAACUUUGCAGUCUCCCCAGAAAAUGCACCGGUGUCAGAGUACAUUUGUGCCACGGAAAAAGUAUGCUCAUUUCUUGACAAUAAUGAGGCGGAUAUUGUGCGAACUGAGGUUGUUGGGUUACUAAAAAACGCCAAGUUGUCGAAAGGGAACAUCUCUAAGGAGGAAAGAGUGGCUUUGAGAGAGUUGUCAAAAAAUAAGGAUAUCACUAUUCUCCCAGCCGACAAGGGUAAGUCCACCGUUGUAUUGGAUACCACUGACUAUGAGGGGAAGGUGAGAGUGAUGCUAGGUGAUGAACGGACGUAUGUGAAGUUAGAUAAAGACCCCACAUCAAAUUAUAAGAGGAAGUUGGUCUCUAUAUUGACAGGCUUCAAAAAAGAUGACAAGAUUACAGAAGGACAGUAUAGACAUUUAUACCCUACAGCAGAGCAGGUACCUAGAAUGUAUUGCACUCCGAAAAUUCACAAGGAGGGGAACCCACUCCGACCGAUCGUCGACUAUACAGGAUCUAUCGGUUAUAACAGCUCGAGGCUGUUAGCAGAUGUAUUAGGUCCACUAGUGGGAUUAAGUGAGUACCAUGUGAAAAACUCUAAACAUUUGUCAGACUCGUUGAGUACAGUGAUGAUUGAAGACAACGAAGUGUUUGCCUCACAUGACGUGGUGUCACUUUUCACCAACACCCCCAUCGACAAGGCCCUAUCAGUCAUAAGAGACCGCCUAGAGAAAGACAAGACCCUAAAAAAGAGAACCAAGCUGAGUGUGGAUGACAUCAUGAAUCUAACAGACUUUAUUUUGACUACAACAUACUUUCAGUUCAGAGGUGACAUAUACCAACAAAAGUUUGGCACCGCUAUGGAAAGUCCAGUAUCUCCGAUAGUGGCUAACCUGUAUAUGGAGUUUUUGGAAAGAGAAGCCAUUGCAACUGCUCCGGUGACAUGUAAACCAACCUUGUGGAAACGCUACGUAGAUGACAUAUUAGAGAAGAUUCAGAGAGGACAACUACAGAACCUCACUGACCACCUCAACACUGUAGACGUUACCAAUAACAUCAAGUUCACCCACGAAGAAGAAAGCAACGGGGCCAUUCCAUUCUUGGAUACUCUCAUCACCAGGAAGGAAGAUGGUAGUAUCAAACUGCUAGUAUAUAGAAAGAAAACCCACACGGACCAAUACCUGAAUUUUUCAUCCCACCACCCAUUACAGCACAAGCUGAGCGUGGUCAGAACUCUAUUAGACAGGUGUUACAACCUCGUCACCGAAACUGAAGAUAGAGAUAAAGAGGAAGAACAUGUAAAACAAGCUUUAGGCCAGUGGCUAUCUGAAGCAGUGAGCCGGGUGUUUAAUAAACAUCGAGUCGCCACGGCCAUGCGCCCACAUCAGACACUACGCAACAUCUUAGUGCACCCCAAGGACAAACAGGAAACAACAGAGAAAGCAGAAGUAAUUUACAAAAUACCCUGUAAAAAUUGUGAUAAAGUCUACGUGGGAGAAUCGGGGCGAAAAUUUGGAAUAAGACUGAAUGAACACAAAAAAGAUUGUGAAACAAACUCAAAUAAGGCAUUUACUAGAUCAACUAGAAAACAAUCAGAAUCGACAAUAGAAAAAAGUGCAAUCACAGAUCACCAGAACAUAAAUAAUCAUGAAAUAGACUGGGAGGGGGCACGCGUAAUAGAGAGAGAAUCAGACUGGAGAGUGCGAAAAACGAAGGAGGCUAUCUGCAUCAAAACUGAGGGGGCAGUUAUGAACCGGGACGAGGGGGCCUUCCUUUCUGGGAUUUACAACCCACUUUUCGCCGGAUUACGGAAAUUCGGCGGGAAGUCCCGAGUGUCAGAGCUGCGAGUGAGCGAUAGUCAGGCCAGUUGCUCUGAUGAUGUCCACAGUGUUGGACGAAAAUUUCAGCUUUAA